AUGACGCAACAAGCUUUAGUUGUUGAUGGAGGGUGACGUGUUGUUGUGGUGUUUGUUUUUAUCGAGAGAAACUAACGAUUUUUUGGGCCUCGAUUUAAACAAUUGCUCAGAACAAAGGCAGAACGUAGUGCAAGAUCAUGAUUUAGCAAUUUGUCUAUUAUGUAACUAGAGAUAAGUAGUUUACUGAGUGGGGCAUUCUUGGACUGGAGUUCCACUAGCCUAGUUAUCCACAAACAGUUCUUGCCUAGUCUGCUUCUUUUGUAACGUGAAGAUCCUCUGUGUGCGAACGUGACUCACCAUCGAGUGUCCUCGCCACGCUCUUUGUAUCGGUUUAUUACAAAAAACUUUGUUUAUUGUUGUGGAACCAAUUGACCAAGUGCUAAGUCUGGACGGAAAAUAGACUUGGAUGUGGGAGUCCUUUGGCCGGACCACGUGCGUUAAAAAAUAAAUACUAUUGUCUCCCCGCAAAUAUUUGUCUAUUAUGAAAUUGUAAAUACACGAUUCAAGCGCAGUAAAACUGCGAUGUAAAAUUAGAUCAGUUUCGUAACUAUUUAGUUUUGGCGUAUGUCCUACACGUCAUACAAAAUUUAUAUUUAAAUCAAACCCAAAUUAAUGAAACCAUCGGGUUCUCGGAACCGCUCAUUUUCCACGAGUUGCUGCUUCCAAAUACCCUUCGCUGAAGCUCUAAUUGUUCCACUACUCAGUUUUCGGGAAACGCAUUAGUCACCGUUUCAUGCUAUCAAUAAAUUUUAAUAUACUUACUAAAGGACCAGUCAGUGUUUUCUGAGAUUUUCGCCGAACGAGUCAAUAUUAUUAUUAUUAUCUGAUUCAUCUCCACUUAGAUAAACAAUGGAAUAACAUAACAAAGGGUAUCUUCGAUAAACAUGUUCUAGAUAACAAAAAAGCAGGGCCAUUGUGUAUAAAUUUAAAUAAUUUUACUAGAUUAAACAAAUUUAAUUGUGCCAAUUUAAGUCCAUUGUUUUUUUAUUAUAUUUAGCCCAGAUAAAGCUGUAUCACUCAAUCGAGAUUAUCCAAUCGAUAAGUGACAUAAAAUACGUCACCCAUUAAGGCCCCAAACCGUCAAAAAACGGCCCAGACAAAGAGACCGGGACCAAAAUUAACCAGAACAGUAUCUUCCUGUAACCCAGACAGGCUUUCCUCGUUAUCCAAUUGUUUUUAGUGCCGCGAUCCCAGACUGCAUUUAAAAGGUGCAUUAACAUCUUUCAAGGUCUUCUACAUUUCCAAUGCCGAUAGCCGGUGCAAUCAAUGCAAUGUUUCAGCGCCCCCCCCCCCCUCUAUCUCGGACAAACUCUAUUUUGUGACCCGAUGCAGAUGGUUGUGGAAAAAAAUUUCGCCCGGCAUUGAAUCAUAUCCGUUUUCACGGCUGAACAUGAUUUUUACACGGCUGCCAGCCAACGAACUGCCACAAGGUUUUGCGGUUUGUUUUGAGUCACAUGCGUAAAAGUCGCUUGCCUUUGGUGUGCGGUUCUCGUUGUCGGAACCAUGAGCAGUCAAGUACGCGUGCACGAUCAUCCUCAAAAAAGCUAAUUGAUGAAUUAAUUAGCGUGCGCAUUGUUACACAACAUUGUAACAUUUUUAAUAAAUCAUGAGCGGUGGGGAUGGACACAAUCGAUUGGAGGAAUACGUGCACUGUACCAAUACCAAUACGUUAUUGUGCAUCCUUUGGGUGCUGAGUGCAGGUGAAUCAGGACGGCCUUGGCAAUACUUGUGCUAAAACCAGUCCUUAUUUUUAUAAUAAUAAGACAUUUUAAGGCCUUAGCCGAACUCUGCAUAUUACCCCAGCAUUCCAUUUCAAGCCUUCUUUGUGGUUAUCAACUAUUUAUUAAUUCGAGUUAUGUUCUAAAGCAGCGUAUAAUGGUUGCCGAAUUCGUGGGUAGAGGCCAGAGUGGUUCCCCAAUUAAUGGUGAAAUUCCACAGCUGAAUUCAAACAUGCCAUCUAGUCACGGCCGAGACAUGCAAGAAAACUCAGACAACUACAACAACCCAGCUUACAAAAUGAACGGGGUCAACCAUAAAGACCUGUUCGGUCAAAGGAAGCAAAGGGAGUUCACCCCCGACAACAAAAAGGAUGACAGCUACUGGGACAGGCGCCGCAGGAACAACGAGGCCGCCAAAAGGUCCCGCGAAAAGAGGCGCUACAACGACAUGGUGCUGGAACAGAGAGUAGUAGAACUGACUAAAGAGAACGCCAUUUUGAAAGCCCAACUGGAAGCGAUCAAGGAGGAAUACGGAAUCUGCGGCGACAGCGUCGUGUGCGUCGAAAAGGUCUUGGCCAACUUACCAACCAACGACCAAGUGAUCAGUCUCACCAAACGUUCAAAGAUCUCCCACCCAUCACCGUCGCUCCUGUUCUCCCCCAACCCGAUACCGACGCCGGUCAUCCACCAACCAGUGCUGGGAUCACCGCCACCGCAAGCCUUGCCACACAGCCACAGCAUCUUGCACCCACCCCCGUCCCACAUGGAAACCCCCUACAGAGAACCGGCCGACUACCACCACGGCUACCACUACCAGCCCUACCACCCAACCCUCUACCACGACUCAAACAGCGCCCUAAACUUGUCCAGAUCCCGCUCACGCGGCCAGUCCCCGUUCGAGGUGUCCAGCAAUUCGGGCGACGAAAGCGCCCCGGUAGCCCUGACCACGACCGAAGCCAACGCCAGCCUACCGCUGAAGCUCAGACACAAGUCCCAUCUCGGCGACAAGGACGCCGCCAGCGCCCUCCUGUCCCUGCAGAACAUCAAGCAGGAGCCGGGACCGAGGGCCAGCCCGCCCUGGGACGCCGAAGGUUCCAGCGACGAGAGGGACUCCGGAAUUUCGUUGGGCGCCGAGUGGACGGCCAGCCAGGCGGCCGCCACCCUUCAGACUCUCCAAAAACAAUCUCAACUCCACGCCAGCAUACAGGAUAACGAGAACAGUGAACCGACAGAUAAGCAAACACACAACCUGCAUUCGGAGAUCGUCCGGCUUUCGACGGAGGUCGAGCAUCUGAAGUCGUUUAUCAAAGACAAAGAAGCUCAUCAUUAGUGCGGUGUAAGUUACUGAUCGGGGUGAUGUUGGUGGCCUUCAGUUGGCCACUGUUGUUGUGAUGAUUCUCUUAAGGAGAUUUGAACAUAUCAUGCUCCCUCCAAAAGAGCAUAUUUAUUUUAGUGAUAGGUAUUUAUUUGUUAGUUACGUUGAGAAGACGAAGGAAGUUGUCAACUUGCACAAUAAACUUAAUGGACACGCUUUCAUUUGCCAAUUUAUUCCUAUGAUUAUCCUUGUUCUUAUUUAACAAUAACAUAUUAUAUUCGCGUAUUAUUGGCGCUUUUAAUAGCUAUGACUUAAUAUUGCGUAAUAUUUACUAUAAAUGUAUACUUUAAAAUCUUAGGACAAUUGUCCAUCUUAUCGUCUUAAGUCCGAUAUUUACCCUCAAAAAACACUUUGAGGUUACAUAUCAACCCUUAUAUUGUGAACUGUGAAUCAUCAUCACUGCGGAUUUACCUUGUCAUAUUAUCAUAGAGAAAUUAACGUACCUUUUUAUUUUUAACUGGAAAAUGUGUGAUUAUUUUGUAAACUAUUUAUCCUAAGAUACGCAAUUAUUUAUGUAAAAUAUGUAUUUUGUUACUUGCUGUGCAGCAAAUUUAAUGUUAUGUUUAUCUCAUUAUUGUAUAUUUAUAUAUUAUAAGACUAAUGCUGGACUUACCUCAUUUUUACAUUUGGUUGAUUUGAUAAGUGUUUAAUAGAAUCUGUAUGACGUCCAGUAUGAUAUUCAUUCAUAUAAGAAAAUAUUUAUAUAUUUUCAUAUUACCGUUUAUGUAUCCUAACUCUGUAUUAAAUAAAUAUUUGCAUCGUUUUUCAAAAAAAAAAAAAAAA